AUGAACGACGCGACGAAUUCUCUGCUCGCUGAGCACUUCAGCUAUACGCCUUUGUCUCUCAUAGAUGACGUUAUCAACUCGAUCAACAACUUGAUAUACCAAGCCAUCUCAAGUCUUGAAUCCGGCCUUCUCUCUACCCCGCCCGAACGAUUGGGAUUUUCCCAUGCGAACAACGGCUCCACCAUCCCCGACACCGAUGAGGAUGGAAACGUUGUUUAUCCCGAGGCGCGGCUGGAGAUUGAAAAUGGAUUACAUCAAUUAGAGACCCUGCUUGAGUCCACAGUCGACAAGGCGUUCGAUAAAUUCGAAAUCAUCGUGCUGCGAAAUACGUUCAGGGUGGAAGAUGAUCUGCUGGGGUGGAUUCGGUUGAAUCAUUACCGGAAUCUUGAUCUCAAUCCUCCUCCCAACACGCCAACUCCCGAGACAAUCCAGGCUCAGCGCAAAAAACUACAAGAAACCAAAAAACUCAAUCGGUCAAUGAAGGAAGAAUGCGCCCGAAACGAUGCGAUUAUUUCUCAGCUACGAUCUAUCUUGUCGACCGUGGAUUCAACCAAGAACGCAAAAUCGGCCAAGGCGGAGGGAGAAUCCGAGAUGCCUGCGCCGUCCGGCAGCAAGGAAUUGGAUCUAUCGUUCUUGACAGCCAGCCCGGCUGCUCAACAGCUGCGGGUCGGUGUCGCAGGCUCUAAUGCUCAGCAUACACCCCUCACGACGAACACGACUUUUAUAUUGUCUCAGCUCCCUGCGCUCAAGACGAUGCUUACACAGCUCCGACCCAAAUUGACCGCACUACCGAAGUCAGUGGAUACUGCGAAGGAGUCCAAGGCCGAUGAGAGAAGGGACUACAUUGAAAGCCGGAUUAGGCUACACCUUGAGCGAUCUGGGCAGCUUGCAGUGGGUAGUGACGGCAACCCGGUUGUCGCGGGACGAAAGAUGAGCAUCACAGAAGCACAGGCACUCGAGGCUGUGACAGGAUUGCUAAGCCAGGGCGACAUGAAGUCCGAUUAA